UGUUGUUGAGAUGAAGCUGUAUAGUUUUGGAGUCCUUUUAGUCCUCCUUGUCUUCUGUGAGCAUCAUGUCUCCGCAUUUCAGAGUGGCCAGGUCUUAUUUGCUCUUCCUAGGACUUCAAGGCAAGUUGAACUUCUGCAGAAUUUUACUGCUCUUUAUGAGAUUGUCCUCUGGCAGCCAGUAACAGCUGAAUUUAUUGCAAAGAAUAAAGAAGUCCAUUUUUUUGUGAACACAUCUGAUGUAAGCGAUGUAAAGGCCCACUUAAAUGAGAGCAGAAUUCCAUUCAGAGUUUUGAUCGAAGAUGUGGAAGAUCUUAUCCAACAGCAAACUUUUAAUGACACAAUGGCCCCCCGGGCCUCCUCCUCCUACUAUGAACAGUACCAUUCUCUAAAUGAAAUCUAUACAUGGAUGGAAGUGAUAACUGAGAUGUAUCCCGAUAUGGUUGAAAAAGUCCACAUUGGAUCUUCAUUUGAAAAGAACCCACUUUAUGUGCUAAAGGUUUCUAGUAAAGAACAAAGAGCCAAAAAUGCGAUAUGGAUUGACUGUGGAAUUCAUGCCAGAGAAUGGAUCUCCCCUGCUUUCUGCUUAUGGUUCAUAGGCUAUGUGACUCAGUUCUAUGGAAAAGAAAGGAUAUAUACCACUAUUCUGGGGCACAUGGAUUUCUACAUUAUGCCAAUAAUUAAUGUGGAUGGUUAUGACUUCACAUGGAAAAAGGAUCGAAUGUGGAGAAAGAACCGUUCUUUUCAUGAAAACAAUAUUUGUGCUGGCACAGACCUGAACAGAAAUUUUGCUUCCAAACACUGGUGUGGACAGGUAGCAUCAAGUGACUCCGGCUGCAGAUAAAUAUACUGUGGCCUUCCCUGAUCAGAACCAGAAGUGAAAGCAGGUAGCUGAUUUCUUGAGGAAGAAAUAGUCAACCACAUAAAAGCUUAUAUCACGAUGCACUCAUACUCCCAAAAAAUAUUGUUUCCAUAUUCCUAUAGUAGGAGCAGGAGCAAAGACCACGAGGAACUGUCUCUGAUGGCCAGUGAGGCAGUCCAUGCUAUUCAGAAGACUAAUAAAAAUACCAGAUAUACACAUGGCACUGGUUCAGAAGGUUUAUAUCUAGCUCCAGGAGGUUCUGAUGACUGGGCCUACGACUUGGGCAUCAAAUAUUCAUUUACAAUUGAACUUCGAGAUAAAGGCAAAUAUGGAUUUUUGCUGCCAGAGCGUUACAUCAAACCCACUUGUUCAGAGGCACUUGCUGCUGUGUCUAAAAUAGCCUUGCAUGUCAUCCAAAAUGCUUAAUGUUCACUUUGCCAUAUCAUUCUUAUAUUUUAAUUUACUGUUUCCAGGCAAGAUCAAAAUACUGUAUCUUUGUUCUAAUUUUUAUCAGCAAUUUUGAUAAGUUUUCCUAUUUCUUAGUUUUGUAAAAAAAAAAAAUUAAUUAACGCUACCUUGACAUUAAGACCAAACAAAGGUUCACAUUGUUUUAACAUUAUAAGAAGUUUUUUUUACUUUG